AUGGCCAAACGUGGACAGGUCAUGGUGCGCUGGUCUGCUGUAGCAGAAGCCGUUCAAAGCCAAGACGGAUUCGACCGCCCGGGCUUCGAUGGCAAGAGAGCCCAAAACCGCUUCACUCUGCUCCUCGAAGGACACCGACACAAAGACGAAGAAGGAAAGCGCGCGUCUGGCACCGACGAGGGUUACGGUGAGAAGUUCCAGCUCCUGGACGACUUAUUGUCUGCGUUUGACGACUGGAAAAACGAAGAGAAGGUGCGGCUGGAGGAAGUGCAGCAGGAACCAGACCGGGUGGAUGCCAUGGCCGCGACAAUCCGCGACGAGGCCAUGAAAUCGCUGGGAAAGCGUAAAAAGGCGGGACAGGACGAUGGCGAGGCAGGGUCGGGAGGUGGGAGCGCCAUGACGAAGAUGAUGAAGAUGAUGCACGACGACAGCAAAGCCGACCUCGAGUUCCGUAUGCGUGUGUACGACAGCGACCUGAAGGAGCGCGAAAUUAUUCGUGAAAAGGAGUUCGAGGAUCGUCGAUGCGAGCGAGAGCUGCGUGCAGAGCAACUUCGAUUUCAGCACGAGCAGUUGCGAGUGCAACAUGAAAUGAUGAUGAAAUUACUGUCGACACUCGGUCAAUCUCAAUAA